AUGAUCCCCCUCGACCAGCUCUACGUCCCUUCCCCCAUUCGCCGGUUCUCCAACCUCCACCUCGACGAUGCCGUCUCUAGCCGUCCCGUUCCGCAGCGCGUACGGGUGCCCCACUCCGCGUUGGACACAAACCGUCAGGAAUGCGCGGUGUCCUUCAUGAGCGACGGCGCGCUCGGGGUUUCCGUGCGCGACGUGCUCAAAGGCUGCGCCAGGAUGCAAGAGGGGGACAGCAUCGUCCUCGAGAACACGAGCGUCCGGAUGUUCCGGCUCAGUCUUGAGUGGCCUGGAUACGCGUCGUCCGGCAAGUACAUCAAGGUACAAGAGAAUGGGACCUACAUCACCCGCAGAGAGCUUGCUAGAGCCAUCUGUGAACGUGUCAAGAUCUUCAUGGCUCAGGCUGCGUCUUCCAGCGACGCCAUGUGGAUUAUUCCCAGGUCCAGCGACAACCCUCGUAUCAGCACCAACAACUUAUGGCUCACUCGAGUCGCGCCCGCCGCCCACCGAGGGAGCUGGAUUGCGCAGCUCGAGCUGGCCUUGUGA